GGCAGCACUGCGCGGAUAGCUGCACGACAUUACCAAAGAAGAAGAAGAGGAGGAAAUAGUUGGAGAGAAAAGAAAAGGUUUUGAUUUAUAUCUGGUGUUCUCUUCUCAAACGAUAUGAAGUGUGCUCGAUAACUUAGCAGUUUAAAGAAUGAGUAUUAUCAAAGCCUUACGUCGUGUUUGUUAGAGACAGUGUGAUUUCACAAGUCAACGCUGCAGCCUUUGUGUCGGUGGAACAUUAAAGUUUGAAAGUGUCGCAUCAGAUUGACAUGAGCCCGGAUAACUAACUGAAAUAUAACUAAAACCCCUCCGUCAUAUUGUCUGUUUGAUCACCUCAAACUUGGUGCUGCGGAUCCUGCGAUAUGGAUUUGGGAUGAUAAAGGAGUUGCCCACCACUUAAACUGAGGUACUGCGUUGUACUCCUGACUAAACCAUCUUUGGAAAGGAACAAAUUAAGAGCAAACCAUGAUAGAACCAGAGCUGUUGACGGAGGUCCCAGCAGCACUCAAGCGGCUAGCCAAGCAGGUAGUGAGGGGCUUCUAUGGAGUUGAUCACGCAUUGGCCCUCGAUGUGCUGAUCCGCAACCCAUGUGUACGAGAAGAGGACAUGCUGGAGCUGCUCAAGUUUGACCGGAAACAACUCCGCUCGGUACUCAACACACUGAAGUCAGACAAAUUCGUCAAGUGCCGAAUGAGAGUAGAAACAGCUCCUGAUGGAAAGACGACAAGGCACAACUACUACUUCAUCAACUACAGGGUGCUGGUAAAUGUGGUCAAAUAUAAGCUGGAUCACAUGCGGCGGCGAAUUGAGACGGAUGAGCGGGACUCGACUAAUCGUGCCUCCUUCCGGUGUCCAUGCUGCAUGUCUACCUUCACCGACCUCGAGGCGAAUCAGCUGUUUGAACCUAUGACUGGUACGUUUCGUUGCACUUUCUGCCAGACGGAGGUAGAAGAGGACGAUUCUGUCUGUCCGGAUGCCAGGACGCUUGUGGCACGCUUCAAUGAACAGAUUGAACCCAUCUAUGCUUUAUUACGUGAGACAGAAGACGUCAACUUGUCUCAUGACUUACUGGAACCUGAGCCUUCUGAGAUCCCUGCCCUCAAACAGAGCCGUGAACGUGCCGCCGCAUUAGGCAACCCAAGCGGGCCACAUCGGGAAGCCUGGUCGAACAAAUCAUCCUACGCUGACCUGUACACCCAGAAUGUGGUUAUCAGCAUGGAGGAGCAGGAGGAACAAAAGAACAAAGCUAGUGAGGGCAAAGCACCCAAGGAGAGGCCAGUCUGGUUGACCGAAAGUACCGUGCAAGGUGCUUACAGCGAGCCGGACAUCCUGAAGAACACAGGUGCAGACAUGGCACCCAAAGCCCAGGAUGGAGAGGCUGGCCAUGGGGCUGGUCAGGCAGAUGAAAACGAGGAAGUGAUGCGUGCCCUGCUCAUCCAUGAGAAGAGGGGUGCCGCGGCAGCAGGUGGAGGUGGAGGUGGAGCGAGUGCUGCCACCAGGGGACUCACCUCUACCACUGCUAACGCUAGUGACUCCGACAGUGAUACCAGCGAAUCAGACGACGGCUCACCCCCAGUUCCUCCCACUACCGCAGCGGCUCACCGUCAAGCCGACGAAGAGGACGACGAUGAUGAUGAGUUCGAGGAGGUGGGAGAUGAGCCCAUGGUGACGGUGGGAGGCCGACCGUUCUCGUACAGAGAGGUCAGCCAGAGACCAGAGCUGGUGGAACAGAUGACAACACAAGAGAAGGAGGCCUACAUUGAAAUGGGACGAAACCUUUUUCAAGAUAUGUACUUCUGAACACAUGCUCACGUUUAUAUGUACACACACACUCACACACACUGAGUUAUUUGAUGGUUCGCUUAGAUUUUUUCAAAAAGUAUACUACUGCGCUCUCGUGCUGCCGAUGGGGAUAACUGAGGAAGGAUCUGUGGACAGUACAAAAACAUAACCUGGCGCUCAAGAUCUGCAGUCUACAUCGUGCUCUUUCAUUACACAAAGAAAGUACGUUGACCGUGUGAAAUAAAUGAUCAUUCCUUUUUAGUGUUCUGUCAGUAUUUUUAUUCUCAAGCAAUAAACCUGAGUGCAGUUUGCAAGCUGCUGCAGUGUGUGAAACAA